GUUUUGUGGUCGGCAGUGUAGCGGCUGUAAACCGUGAUGUAGAUCAAUCCCAUUUCGGAUUUUCCACCUGGAAUCUCUUGGAAUUCGCAAGACCUCUCCGGGCAGUCUUUAAUGAAGGAACAAGCUAGAUGGGAAGGGGUGAUUACUGGAAUAUAUCUUACCGGUACCGGCUAUGAUGAAUGUGGUUUGGGCCUGAGACGCAGGUGACAUGGCUAGCCCUAAUGCGUAUCUGGGCAACAAGCCGCAAUUGAGCUAUGACACCUCUGUCCAGCGGAGAAGUUUGCACACAUUAGGAAAAAUAAAAGCCAAGACACAACUUUUCCGCAAAGCAGGACCAGCAUUUAGGGGUUUCCAGUACGAAGAUUGUUACAGAUUAAAUCACCUACAACUUGUUUCGCUAAUUCAAACUCAUGAGCAUGAAGAAAAGCAGUUGGAAAAAGAUUUGCUUACAAUUCAUGGUCUUAGCUGUGCUCGAUGUACUUUGCCAUUCUCAUUUAAAGAUCACCUUAAAAUCCAUAGCUACUUUUGUGGCAAUCCUAAUAUUGUGGCAGGAGACUUGAAAGCACUAAAAAAACAUCAUGAUUCCCUUCAAGAACAAGGUGGUGGAAUGCUGUUUUGCCCGUGGUGUCCUCGUCUCUGUUUAAACAUGGUGGCACUUGUCAAACAUGUUCGACAAUGCAGGGAGGCUCGUAGAGAGAGAGAUGAAAGACGGGUUUUGAAAAGGCUACCAUGUCCUGAGUGCUGCUCUGAGUUCUCCCAUUUGCAGAAACUCUCAAAUCAUAUGCAGACACAUUACAUUGCAGAUUUCACCUGCAGUGGCUGUAAAUUGUCUUUCACCGCUGCUAAAUACUUAGCAGUACAUCUCAUCAGCUGUGAAGAAAGCAUCCCACCCUUCCGAUGUUCUGAAUGCCACAGUACUUUUAGCCAUUCCAAAGCUCUUAGGACGCAUAUAUUAUCAUGCAGAACAUCUGUACAAUGUCUGAAAUGUGCCAAAUUUUUCCCAGGAAAAAGUUUAUGCCUGGAGCAUGUUGUUACGCACAUUUUGUCAGAGUGGUCAAAAGUUGGACUCCAAAUGAUAGAUGGUGUGCUGUACAGCAUAAUGCAUCACAAACAACUUCCAGAAAACAUUUCAGAGCCACCUCUACCAUCAGUUUCGCCUUGUAGUUCCCCUGAACCAGUGGAAUAUCAAGAGAGACCUGUGAAGCCUACCAAUCUCGUAGCGGAUUCAAGAUCAAGAUCACCACUGGAACAGAAGUCUCGCCUUAAUUCAGACAAAGCUCCAUCAUCAUUAGAUAAAUUAGUGAAGUUGUUGCAUGGAGUCAAAGAAAAUAAGUUACCUGAAAUAAGUUCAAAUACUAAAUCUGUCUCUAUCCUAACACGGAAACAAAGCCUUCAAAGCAAUUUAGAGGAUUCUGAUAAUACUGAAAAUUAUGACUGUAUUUCUAAACCAGACAUUAGCCUCAAGAGCAUUGAUGCUUUAGUGACUCGUCCUGAUUCAACUCCUGAGGGUAUGCUGUCAGGUGAUGAAGAUAACCUUUCUGUGAUAGAAAAUGAAGUGUUUGAAAUAGAACAUACCUUAGAUGAAGAUGAGUUGUUGAUUGAACAGGAAAUGUGUGAUAGUGAGCCUACCAUGCCCACCUUUGAAACUUGUGAGAGUUUAAGAAACCCCGUCAAAACUACCUUUGAAAUGCAACAGGAACACUCUGAUGUCGCCCAAUUUUUUACCCCAGCGACAGAUGUUGAAAGUGAAGAUAGUAAUAAACUGACAUUAACUGUUGUCAAUGUUGAAGGUGGUGCUAAUCUAUUUAAUUGGGAUGAUUGUAAUUUUGAAGAAAAUAAUUGUGACGUGACUGAAGCAGCUGAAUCACUUCUUGAAUUGCAUGGCUCCAUCUCUGCUCCCCCUGCACAAACAGGUAGUGAUGUGCUUUUGGGUGCAGACAGUCACAGUGAUGGAAAUGAAGAUGGGGACAGUGGUAUAGGUGCUACUGAUGACUAUGACAAUGAUAGUAACAAGGACAGAUCUGAAGCACUGGACAAAUGUGAGGAUGUAAUAUCUAACUCAGAAAUGCUACCAAAACUGUCUGUGGUUCCUGAAAAAGCUGGUGAAGCUCCUUGCCAAUUGGCUUCAUCUGAAGUAUUUGUGUCAUCAUCUUCAUGUGAUACUGAAAUUGUUAUUGAGUCCUCCCCAACGAUUCAAACAGAGAACACAGAAUUCUCUCUGGUCAUACCAAGAAAAUAUUCAGUCCUAGAGGAACACUCGUAUGCUUUACCCUUGGACUGGGCAAUGACACCAGAUGCCUCGCAGGGUACUGAAAGAGCCAAAGGCGCUACAGGUGCUGGUAAGAAGUGCAGAAAUGCCCUUACAGUGGGUGUGGUGGAGAAUCAGGAGGGCAACAUAAAAUCAAGAAAGCAGAAAAAACAGAGAGUUGGGUCAAGUGGAAAAUCAAUUAAAAAAGCACCAAAAGGCCUUGGACAAAAUGUUGAUGAGGAAUUCCAACCUCCUGCUGCGAGUGAUACAGAACAAGACCCGCUCCAGAAAAUCCUGGAAGUUAUGUCAAAAGAAGCUCGACAAACUCUUACCAAGAAAUCAAAGCCUCUGAAGCAUCCGUCUUGUAGGAAAACAAUACCUGCCAAGCAUCCUCAUUCUUUUAACAGUAUAAAUAUUGCAGCAAAAGAACAGUCAAGUGCAAAAAUUAAUGUUGAUACUUCUCAGAAGAAUGUGGUGCCAAUUUAUGAAGACCGCAUUGCCAGUGACCACUUUGUGCCUCAUCCUCAUCUUAUGGAUAACACAGCAAGCCAGUCAUCACUUAUUCUAAACGGAAGUGUUCAAGCAACUCCCCCAAGUGAUGAGCACAGCAUGGUGCGAGAAGAAACUGAGCUGCAACCACCAUCUGAAUGCACUUCUCAGGAUAUCUCCAAUAGGCCACCAUCUGUAUGUACUUCUCAGGACAUCAUCUUUGAUAGACCACCAUCUGAAUGCUCCACUCAGGAUACCAUACUUCAUAGACCACCAUCUCAAUUGAUGACACAGGUCAUCGUUCCUGAUAGACCACCAUCUGAAUGUUCUAUUCAGGAUAUCAUUCUUGAAAGACCAUCAUCUGAAUCGAUGACUCAGGUCAUCGUCCCUGAUAGACUACCAUCUGAAUGUACUUCUCAGGAUAUCAUCUUUGAUAGACCAUCAUCUGAAUGUACUUCUCAGGAUAUCAUCUUUGAUAGACCAUCAUCUGAAUGUACUUCUCAGGAUAUCAUCUUUGAUACACCAUCAUCUGAAUGUACUUCUCAGGAUAUCAUCUUUGAAAGACCAUCAUCUGAAUUUAUGACUCAGGUCAUCACACCCAGUAGACCACCAUCUGAAAGUACUACGCAGGAGAGACCUUCACGAGAUGAUUUUAUCGAAAGAGCACAGCCACCUAUGAGUAUAAACAAAAUGCUAAGAAAGGAACGCAGCAUGUUGAAACAUGGGUUCAGACAAAUUGCAACUGUUUUGCCUCAGAGGAAAGAAUUUCAGGAAUCAAAGAAGGUUUCAAUUCGAAAUAAUUCUAAAGCAGCAGAGAUGUCAAUUCCCUAUGAGAAACCAUUUACUCCAGCACAAAUACCAGAGUUUGCUGCUUUGAAUCAAGUUUUACCAGAUAGAAUGGUGGAAGCAGUUUCUGCUGCUAAUACUGUCAGACCUAUAACCAAUGUAAUUUACAUACAGCUACCUCCUGGUGCCUCUGCCGUUCCCCCACUUGUUACAUCGGUUGCUUCUAGGAUUCCCAAUUCCAUUCUUGCAAGACUACGGCCUACUGCUCAAACAACCUCAACUCAAAACAAAUAUUUACUUAAUGAAAGCUCUACUCAAUCCCCAUUUCAAAUUCAACAGCAACCUUCAGAAGUGGUUUCUACUCUACAAAAGCCUGAUUCCGAUGUGACGAGACAAUCAAUUUCAGCUCUUAGUGAUGUUCAGCUGGCACCCAACUCUUCAACGGCUGCCCAGCCUGUUCUCAGCAGCCCUGGGAUUGUAUUUGCGGGUGCUAAAGGAAUGGUUCCACUGUUAAAGGAGAAUGCUGUCUCAGAAAUUGUUGGCCGUCCUGUAUUUGCAAAAAUAUCUCCUACAAAUUGUAGCUUAGCUGUUCCAGCAGAUGUGCCCGGAACUUCUCUGGCAGGCUCUUAUUUAAACUUACCGUCAUCUGAAGAGACGUUGUGCAGUAAGGAAAAUUUGCCUCCGAUCCCAGAAGCUUCCAAUUUGCCUACAAAUGAAUUUGACAGUAAACAUAAAAUGGAAUGUGCCAUGUUUCAGAAGAGCAAGCAGUUCGAAAGCACUAAUUUAAAUCAAGAUCUGUUUGGCAAUUUAAACAGAUCAGAUUCUGAAAAUAAUGUGUCAUUAACAAAAUCAAGCUCAGCUUUUGCUAAUUUGGUAGAUGUGUCUGCCAUUUCUCUUGCAGAGUCAACUCUGAACUCACACGCUGCUGAGGAGACUUUGUGUAGCAAGGAAAACUUGCCUCCCAUCCAAGAAUCUUCUCAAUUGCCUAUAGAUGAACAUGAAAAACAAGUUAAUACAGAAAGCAUGAUGCCACAGGAAGAGACUUUGUGUAGCAUGGAAAACCUGCCUCCCGUCCAAGAAUCUUCUCAUUUGCCUGUAAAUGAACAUACAAGAGAGGAAAAUACGGAAAGCAUGAUAUUUCAGAAGAGCACACAGUUGGAAAGCAAUACUUCAGAGCAUGAUGUGUCUGACAACGGAGGCAGUACAAAUGUGAAAGGAGACGUACCAUUAGUUGAAGCAGCUGUCACUAGUCAUUUGCUAAAUGUGAAGAGCUCUUCCAAUGUACCUACACUUUCCUCAGAAGAGGCUGUUUGUACUAAGGAAAACCCAUCUCUUGUUGAAGAAUCUUCUAAUUUGCCUCCAAACAAACAUGACAAUGAACUGGAAAAGGAAAACACAAUUCUUCAGAAGAGCCAACAAUUGGAAAUAAAUCAUCCCAAUAGAGAUGAAAACACAGCAGUGAAAGCCGUAGAAGAAUCCUCUUGCAACUUUGUCAAUGAAGAAGUGAAACAAUUGAAAAGGAAUAAUGAUUUGGAAACGGACUUGUUUGAGACCCCUGUUGCUCCAAGCCCUUUCUCUGAAGAUGGAUUUGAAGAAGAUGUAUGUAAUGACACUGCAUUGGACCAUGAGAUUAAGGCUCUGAUUUCAUGUUUGGACAGCAACAUUGCUGUUGAAGAAACUAGGGGUCCAGAGGACCUAACUGUUAAUUCUGAGCAAUCAGCCAGUAUUGAGGUGCCUUUGGCAGAAAAUCUUCAAACUCACGUGUCUGAAAGUAGGGUAGUUGACAGAAUUAAAAUGCAAGAUGUACCUAAUAAGACAGAUCCAAAAUUAACUUUGACUCAAGCAAAACCAUUUGAAGUAUGCAGUAUGCAGUUAUGCAAAUCUACAAAUGAAGAUGAGUUUUCAUUGAACUCUUUUACAACUGUGGAAAACCCAACAGAAGAUAUAAUUCUGGCUAGAAAUGAAAAUACUUCCGUAAGUGUGAAAUCAAAGCGUUCAACAAUAUCACAUUUUCGUACCAACUUGUAUGCAUUCCGCAAAUUGAUGACGGAAAUGAAAUACUUCAAAAGACAUAGGUAUGGGCGAGAGGGACUCUACCAAAGAAAUGAUGUGGGCAGAUUUAACUGUGACAAUUGCUCACAGUGGUUCUACUCUCAAACAAUCCUGGAAGAGCACACCUGUUUGAAAGCUGUUAUCAGAGAAAAGUUUACUUCAGAGGAGUUUGAUCGAUUAAUUGACGCUAAUCCACAACAAAUUGAAUGUGCUCAAGAUUUAGUGCAAGUAAAUGAUAAAAGUGGUCAAAGCCAACUUACUCCAAACUCUACAGAAACUUAUGUGUCACCUUAUCUCUCAUAUCUUCAGAUGAAAGCCACUAUAAAGCGCAAAAAGUUGAUUUGUGAGAAGUGUAAAAUCAGAUGCAAAAGCUUUUCUGCGCUACUUGAACAUAAAUCAAAGGCCCAUGAUGAGAAAUAUUCAGUGGAAUGCCAUAUAUGUGGUAAAAAGUUUGCUCGUCUGCAACAGUUGGCUGUGCAUGUAGCAAAGAGUCACAAAGAUAAGUCCAAUCCUUCCAUGGAUACACCCAUCCAACCAGGGAAAGGCCAUGUGCUCAAGAGCAGUCUCUUCAGGAAAGCAGCUGUGCUUCUGGCCAAACGUCACAAAGCUCAACGUGGAUCUUCAAUCAAGACAGCUCUACAGAUGACUGAAAAACCACCUUCCAAGAAUUUAGCAGGAACUGAGCACACGGAUGAAAGCCCCACAGCCCAAAGCAGUCCAUCAAAGGAAAGUGAUGACCUCAAUACAGCUUUGAAGGAGACUCCAUCCGUCACAGAUAGCUCAAAUCCUGAAAGCAGAGACAUUAAUAGCCAAUGCUCAAUUUGCAGCAAGUUUUUCAAAGGCAAAGCUGGUCUAACAUCUCAUAUGGUUCAAGCACAUCGUGAAAAUCCUACUCCUUGUAAUGAUGAUGAUGUCACCAAAUGUUCAAUCUGCAACAAGCUUUUUAAAGGUAAAGGUGGGCUGACAUCUCACAUGAACCAAGCACAUCGUGAGACCUUUAAAUGUCCUCUAUGCUUAAGAAGGUUCUGCUAUGUUCAAACAUUGAAAUUCCAUCUUUCGAAACAUCACUCCUCUUCUUUAAACACUGAUGCUUUUGUGUUAGAGUCUAUGGAACCUGCAAACAAUGUGGAGUUUUCACCUAGUAAACUGGUGAGCCCUGAAGACGUAAACACCUCUACUGUGAAAGAUGUUUUAGCAAGCACUGCUGAAACUAGUCUUGAGACCCCUGAUGCCAAGGAUGAUGCCUCCAAAUCGCCCUGUGACUCUGUUUUACCAAAAGAGGAAAAUCUACAGAAAACCAAGAAAACAAAAUGGAAAUUUGUUAGAGAUACCUCUUUUGAGGAAACUUCCAGCCCGGAACAGCCUACUAAAAGUACUUCUGGAUCUCUUGAUGCUGAGAACCAUGCUUGCAAUUUGCAAACAGGUAACGCCUCACCAAAAAAGAGUGAAAUAAGGAAACCCAAGAAAGUAAAAUGGAGAAUUGUAAAAGAUAAUUCUCCUGAGAAAUUGUCUAGUCCGGAACGCCCUGCCAAAUCACCCAGACUCACUGAAAACUGUCAAGCUUCAGUACCUCCUCUUGUUAUUUCCUUCAGUAAAGUCAAGAAACAUCGUCACAAAUGCAGCAUAUGCAAGAAGCACUUCAAGAAGCGUCAACAUUUAGUGCAGCAUCAAAUCGGAGCUCACAAAUUUAGGCCAGAACUUCAACUUCAGUCGCAUAUUGAACAGAGUAACAAUAAAAGUAAUUCAGCUUCAUCAGCUGAGGAUCAAGAUUCUUAUGCUCCUGUGGUCUCUCCUAACAGUCCAGUUAAUGAUGUGACAAUUGUAGAGAAAAAUAUGUGUGCUGCUGAGAAGAAUGUGUUCGAGUUUGGUAAUCCUGGAAAUGGGCAAUCUACUUGUGAAGACAUUGAGUCAGCAACAAUGGAAACUAAUGCCUCUUUAGUAGAUUCUACUGCUGCAGGCAGGGGUGAAAACAGCAAUGAAGAGCAAACAAACUGCAUCAAUCCUGCUGAUGUACUCACUUCAGACCCUGGCCCCUCCAUCCCGUCUGAAACAUCCAUGGAGGAACCGGUUGCUUCUCCACCACAACCUAAUCCAGACAGUGUCAAGUUGAAGUGUGAUAUGUGCCAAAUUGAUUUCAGUGCUAAAGGGUACUUAGAGCGGCAUAAUAUUAAAGUCCAUGGAGCGACUUGUAAAUUCAAAUGCACUCUUUGUGAUAAAAUUUUUGUUGACAUUAGAAGUCUAAGAUUCCACAAGAAAUUAAAGCAUAAGAAUGUGGAAGAGGAUGGAGGCAAAAACACUAAGCUGCCAUCACACUUCAAAUUAAAGACAUCAGAGGAAAGUAAAUGUGAACUGUGUACCAAAACGUUCACAAGGAAAUCUGACCUAAGAAGGCAUAAACGAACUAUUCAUGAUCAUUUUGAGUGUCGCUCCUGUCCACUCUAUUUUAAGAGUGAUGAGCUAUUGGCUGCUCAUAAUUUAGAAACUCACAGUGAAGGUUCUGAGGGUAAAACACCUGAGUCCCUGACCAGUCCCAAGGAAAGCAAUGCAGUAAAUCAAGAUAUGGUGAACUCUGAAGGGAUGGCUGAAGUGAAAAGAAAGUCGAAUGAUCUUGAAGAAGAAUUGGAAACUCAUAAGUGUAAAGACUGCUCUCUGACUUACAAAACAGUCUCUUGUCUGAAGCGCCAUCGCAUAUUAAUGCAUGCUGAAGAAGCAUCUCAUAAUUGUGAUGUCUGCGGUAAGGGAUUCUCCUAUCCUCACACCUUAAAAAAUCAUGUGAUGACUCACUUCAGAAAUGAACCCAAAUGGAAAUCAAUGGCUUCUGAGGGGAAAACACUUGAUUUUUCAACCAGUCCCAAAGAAAGCAAUGAUGUCAAUCAAGAAAUAGUGAAUCCGGAAGGGAUGACUCACUCCAAAAAUGAACCCCAAUGGAAAUCAACAGGUUCUGAGGGAGAAACUGUUGAUUCUUUAAUCAGUCCCAAAGAAAGCAAUGAUGACAAUCCAGAAAUGGUGAACUCUGAAGGGACGCCUGAAGUGGAAAGAAAUUCGGAUGAUCUUGAAGAAGAAUUGGAAAUUCUUAAGUGCAAAGACUGCUCUCUGACUUACAGAACAGUUUCUUGUCUGAAACGCCAUCGUAUAUUAAUGCAUGCCGAACAAGCAUCUCAUACUUGUGAUGUCUGCGGUAAGGGAUUCUCUUAUCCUCACUCCUUAAAAAAUCAUUUGAUGACCCACUCCUGGAGUGAACCCACACGGAAGUCAAGAAGGGCUGUAAAGCGCAAGUAUCCACGAGAAGAUUUUGUAGAUCCUGGUUCAAGCUGUGAUGAAAGUGAACCUUCAUGUGACAGAAGUACUCCUGCAGGUCUUGAGAAAGAAUCAGACGUACCAGUUAUUCCUGUUUCAGAGACAAUUACUGAAAAUGAUAUGAGUGAUUGCCAUACUUCUGAUAAAGGGCUGGAGGAAAACUUGGCCAAAUCAGAAGUUGCCAGCAAAGAACCCCAAGAAGAACAUGGCAGAUCCACUGCAACACCUUCAGAUGAAGAUUUGCAACAUCAUCCAGCACCAGUGGAAAAUAUCAGCAGUCAUGAAAACGAUUCAUAUUCAUUUACGGACAGUUCUGCUUCAGUUAACUACAACUGUGGAAGCACAUCAGUUUGUAGCACCCCCAUGGAAAAUUAUUCCUUUACCAACAGCUACUUAAAAGGUGAUGUGGCUCCUGUGCCAUAUGAGGCAGGCCAACAAAGUGCUGAUGUUACUGACAGUCAGUGGAGGCCAGCACCUCAAACACCUCAAUACCAAAUGCCACCAAUGCUGAGUUUACCGGCGCCAUCCAUCCAUCCUGUACCUGAGCCACCAGUGAACUCAUCAUUUGAUCAAGUCCACGCACUCAAUACGUGCCCACUUUGCGGUUUAUGCCUGCCGUCCUGGUACGCCCUCCAGGAGCACUACUAUGUGUUCCAUUCGUACCCAAAUUAUGGUGCUGCUGCUCCUCCUGCUCCUUUGCCUUAUGCUGCACCUCUAAACUACCCUGCAUUCCCCAGCCAAAAUGCAACCUACAGUGGCUGGACGCAACAGCAUCAGAUCACAACCAUUGCCUCAAGUGGAGUGGUGAAUGAUGGAGCUGCUUCAUUUCAGGAACUUUCCAGCCAAAGUGGUGCUCACUGUUCAGUUUGUGGCCUGGUUUUUCCAUCUCUCUUUGCACUUCAGGAGCACUAUGCAACUCACAUGGCUGCCCCCAAACCAGCUUUGCAGUACAGUGGCGGCUUUUAUUAGCAGUAUGAUUGUAUCAUUUUGAUUUUUUGUGUUUUGUAUGUAGGAUAAUUUAUGGAUUGGGUUUAAGCUUGUAAAUCUUACAUUUUCUCUAAGCAAGGCAUGCAGCACUUGUGGUUAUUAUGAAUAAUGUAUCUGUAUAGAUCUAUUACAUGAUAUCAUGUUGUUUUUUUUUUGUUUGAUUCUUUUCUUUCCUUGAGAGCGUCUUUAAAUUAUUAAGCUCAGAUAGAGCUUGCUUGUCCUCCAGGAAUGCUAUGGACUAUGAGGCUAUCCCUGUUCACUAUGUGAUACAUAGGGUGUUCCACAAAUCUCCACUUUUUCCCCCACCCCAAGUUUGCAGUCUGCAGUAUUUGGAGGGACUGUAUGCUUAUGAAGUACAAUUCGAUUUGUGUAACCCCCUGUUAACAUUUUAGUAAAUAAGAUUGAAUGCAUUGUUGUGCCAAGUGAUAAAUUUGGUAGUCCUUUUUUUUCAUCACCUUUGUUUCUGUUUUGCUAUUUCUUAGUGGUUUGUCUGACUAAUUAUCCAUGGGACCAAACAAAUCUAGUCUGUUGCAAGGAGUUGGUCUAGGUUUUUUUUUAAUGAUUCUUUACUUGUUUUUUAUUUUUUCCUCUUAUAAUAUUUUCAUAAGACUGAAGGUAUUGACAUUUUCCUUUCUUUCUAUCUUGGAUUUUUUCAUUUUUAAUGUCUGUUUUAAAAAGAAUUAAACAAAUGUAUCUUUAAGACUAGAAA